AUUUGACAAUUCAUAAAAUGUAAUAUUAUUUAAGAAUAUUACAAAGCAAACGUAAUAUUCGUUGUCACAAAAUAUCGUUAAUUAUCAUAACUAUUCAGUCAUGAAUAUCCAAAGGUUGAUGCUUUUAAAAUAUAAACCACGUUAUUUAACACACAAAGUUCUUUUUGGCACACACACUGAAACAUGUCCGGAAUAUAUGAAGCAAUUUGACAAACCAAAAAACGGCGCCCUCAAGCGAGCGGAAAAAUCUGGAAAAGUACGACUUGGAUUCAUACCGGAAGAAUUUUUCGUAUUCUUCUAUCCAAAAACGGGUAUCACCGGACCAUAUCUUUUUGGCAUAAUGGCUUUAAACUAUUUGGUUAGUAAGGAAAUAUAUGUAAUGGAGCAUGAAUACUAUAUUGGUCUAUCCGUAUUAGUUAUUGCGUGUUAUAGUACAAAAAAAUUCGGUUCUCUGGUAGCAGCAAGCCUGGAUAAAGAAGUAGAAAAAGUAGAAGCAAGUUAUAAUUUAGGUAGAAAAGAGGAAGAAUCGAAUUACGAAACUGUAAUUAAGAAUGCUAAAACGGCACAAUGGAGAGCAAAUGGACAAAAAAUGCUUAUUGAUGCUAAAAAAGAAAACGUCGCAAUGCAACUGGAAGCAUGUUAUAGAGAAAGGUUAAUGCAUGUCUACAACAGUGUUAAACGCCGUUUGGAAUAUCAUGCUAAGCUUACAAGAAUAGAAACUAAUAUUCAUCAGAAAUGGAUGUGUGCUUGGAUUUUAGACAACGUUUUAAAAUCAAUAACUCCUGAAAUCGAAAAUAAAAUUAUUGUCAAAGCUAUUGAAGACUUGGCCAAAUUAUCUGCUCAUUCGGGAAAUAAACAAAUUCGUUUCAGCUGA